AAACCCUUGUUUUCUUCUUCUUUGUAACCCCUGUGGCAGGUCAGAAUACUAUUUUGACCUCUUUUACUCUUACAAACAAUGUCUGACCUAAUUAUUGCCAUAAUUAAUAAUAUAUAUGUAAAGGCAUAUGUAUGUAAAUAUAUAUUUAACAACCCAAACUCCAGAAACAUCUUUUGAGCCAAAAACAACAACUACCCCUGAUUAGUGUUGGUUAUACUAACACUGAGCUGAGAACUAUUUUUCUGUAGCACAGUGUAGGCAGCACUGAUGACACGUCAGUUUCUUACACCUGAGUUGGACCUUUAGUCAGAGAAUUGUCACUUCAUACGAAACCUGAACAUGUUUUACCAGCUGUGAGUCAUCUCUGUCACACAAAUUCACACAGUCAUUUGUGUGUUUGUCAGGACUAGGCUUGUGUAAAAUAUCAUAUCGUGUACGAAUAAUCUUCAGAAAGAAUUUGCCACUUUGCGAUUUCGAUUGAUUUGGAGUCAAAAACCUGCAAGUGCAGUUGUGAUUGAUUAAUCGUCAAAUUAAUUAUUAGCAUUAAUUAUUAUCAGCAAAAUGCCAUAAAUAAUCAGGAUUUUAUUCUUUUACCAAUGUUCCCAACAGGCAUUGACAGUGUGAAGAGCUCUGGUCAUCUGUGGAGACGUACACUCCCACCAUAUAAUCAUUCAACAUUUAAACCUCAGUUUAAAACAUGAACCACCAGUUUCACUCACAAAGGAAAAGAGAGGUUUUGUUUUGUAAAAAAAAAAAAUGUCUGCGUGCUUUGCCUUUAAGGUUUUAUAGGAUCUGUCAGAACGACUGAAAGUCAGUGCAGUGUCUUUACAAGAAUAACUGUGAAGAGCGUGUGCGUGUUUUAUACGCGUGCCAGUGCUCUGGUGUGUGCGGUCCGUGAUUUGUGUUUGUGUGUACGUGAGCGUCUCAGUAACCCGGUCAAUUCUGCAGCCAGCAACAGCAGCAAAGCAUGCUGGGAGCAGGAGUGGGGCCUGCCCCUCCCUCCCCAACCCCCUGUGCUUGACUCUGCUUUCUGAUUGGCUGCUCUCUCGCCCAGCUGACUGCUCUCUGUCAGACAGAGAAAGAGAGAAAGGGAGAGAGAGGGAGGGAGAUGGAGGCGACAGCAAUGGGGUCAGCCGUGGCUUUUCCAACAUGGCAGCAGCUUCAUAUGAUCAGCUGUUGAGGCAGGUGGAGGUUCUAAAGAUGGAGAACUCAAACCUGAGGCAGGAACUGCAGGACAACUCCAACCAUCUGACCAAGCUGGAGACGGAGGCGUCCAACAUGAAGGAAGUGCUGAAGCAGUUGCAAGGUACCAUAGAAGAAGAAUCAGGAGAGGCCUCUGGAUCUCAGUUGGAGCUGAUUGAGAGAUUGACAGAGAUGAGUCUGGACGCACCAGGUUUCAAGCCCAGGUCCAGGCCGCCUCUUCCACCGUCCUCUUCCUCGAGCUCAGGCUCCUCAGGCUCUGGAGCCGCAGGAGCGUCAGGAGGCUCAGCCACCGCCUCGGCUUUCCCCAGGAGAGGGCUGCCAUCUGCAGGCAGAGACAGCCAUGACCGCUGCCUGGAGGAGCUGGAAAAGGAGAGGUCUCUCCUCUUGGCUGAACUGGAGAAAGAGGAGAAAGAGAAGGACUGGUAUUACGCUCAGCUGCAGGAUCUAACCAAGAGGAUCGACAGUCUGCCGCUAACAGAAAAUUUCACGCUGCAAACGGACAUGAGUCGACGUCAGUUGGAGUUCGAGGCUCGUCAGAUCCGAUCAGCCAUGGAGGAGCAGCUGGGUUCCUGUCAGGAGAUGGAGAGAAGAGCUCAGGCUCGAGUGGCUCGUAUACAGCAGAUUGAGAAGGACAUCCUGAGACUGGGAGCCCGACUGCAGGUGGAAGGAUCUCAGGGGACAGAGAGCAGUGGAAUGGCCGCAGCUCAGAAUCCCAGCAGCAGCAGCAGCAGACUGGAUCACGAGCCGGCCAAUGAGGCGAGCUACUCCGUACCUCGGCGAAUCACCAGCCACCUUGGAACAAAGGUGGAGAUGGUCUACAGUCUUCUGUCAAUGUUGGGGACACAUGACAAAGACGACAUGUCCCGGACACUCCUGGCCAUGUCGAGCUCCCAGGACUCUUGCAUCGCCAUGCGUCAGUCCGGCUGCCUCCCCCUCCUCAUUCAGCUGCUUCACGGAAACGACAAGGACUCGCUUUUGCUCGGGAACUCCAGAGGCAGUAAGGAGGCCCGGGCGCGGGCGUCAGCGGCUCUCCACAACAUCGUCCACAGUCAGCCUGACGACAAGCGAGGGCGGCGUGAGAUCAGAGUGCUUCACCUGCUGGAGCAGGUGCGUCAUUACUGCGAGGCCUGCUGGAGCUGGCAGGAGAACCACGAGAGGAGCGUGGAGCAGGACGAUAACCCCAUGCCGUCUCCAGUUGAACAUCAGAUCUGUCCGGCCGUCUGCGUCCUGAUGAAACUGUCCUUCGACGAAGAACAUCGCCACGCCAUGAACGAGCUCGGUGGUCUUCAGGCCGUGGCUGAACUUCUCCAGGUGGACUGUGAGAUGUUUGGGCUGAGCAGUGAUCAUUACAGUGUGACACUCAGGCGAUAUGCUGGCAUGGGCCUCACCAACCUCACCUUCGGAGAUGUAGCAAAUAAGGCCACACUGUGUUCAAUGAAGGGCUGCAUGAGAGCAAUGGUUGCCCAGCUCAAGUCAGAGAGUGAAGAUCUGCAGCAGGUGAUCGCCAGCGUCUUGAGAAACCUGUCGUGGCGCGCUGAUGUGAACAGUAAGAAGACGCUACGUGAGGUCGGCAGCGUGCGGGCGCUGAUGGGAUGUGCCCUGGAGGUCCAGAAGGAAUCGACGCUGAAGUCCGUACUGAGUGCUCUCUGGAACUUAUCGGCACACUGCACUGAGAAUAAGGCUGACAUAUGUGCCGUAGACGGUGCUCUGGCGUUUCUGGUUGGAACUCUGACUCAUCGCAGUCACACCAACACGUUAGCCAUCAUUGAAAGCGGUGGAGGCAUCCUGCGCAACGUGUCCAGCCUUAUCGCCACCAACGAAGCGCACAGGCAGGUGCUCCGGGACCACGGCUGCCUGCCGACGCUGCUGCAGCACCUGAAGUCUCACAGUCUGACCAUCGUCUCCAAUGCUUGUGGCACGCUCUGGAAUCUCUCAGCCCGAGACGCCAAGGACCAGGAGACUCUGUGGGAGCUGGGCGCUGUGGGCAUGCUCCGUAACCUCAUCCACUCUCGCCACAAAAUGAUAGCCAUGGGAAGUGCUGCCGCGCUUCGCAACCUGAUGGCCAAUCGCCCGGCACGCUACAAGGACGCCAGUGUGGUGUCACCAGGCGCGGGCGCCCCGUCACUGCACGCCCGGAAACAGAAAGCUCUGUUUGAGGAGCUGGACGCACAGCAGCUGUCGGAGACGUUCGACAACAUCGACAACCUGAGCCCCAAAGCUGCACACAGGAAGGGGCGUGGCUGCAACGGUUCAGGAGGAGGAGGAGGGGCCAUCACACGGCCGUACGCUAACACACCGGUGUUGUCAAGCCCAAAGAACGGGGAAGGAUCGAAGAGAAUGGUGGAGGAACCUGUGUAUCCUCGGCCGGUGUUCCCGCCGAGUGUUCGAGCAUCGAGUGACAGCCUGAACAGUGUGACGAGCGCAGACGGAUACGGCAAUCGUGGCAAGACCAAACCCUCGGCAGAACCGUUCUACUCCUCCGACGAGAACGGUGCCAACAAGUGCUGCGUGUACAGGAAAUAUCCGGCUGACCUAGCUCAUAAAAUCCGCAGCGCUAACCACAUGGCCGAUGACGAUGGCGCGGAGCUUGACACGCCCAUCAACUACAGCCUGAAAUAUUCAGAUGAACAGUUGAACUCUGGGAGACAGAGUCCAAAUCACCGUGGUGGGAUUGAGAGUGACGACGAUGACGGCCAGGAUUCUCGGUUGAGAAGAAGAAACGAUGGCAGUGAAUCUGUCACAAGCGGCAGUCGCAUGGCAUCAGUUCCACCUCCACGAUACGUCGUUACCUCAACAUCAACCUUCAGCAGCGAAUCGACCAGUGAGCAGCCAAUCGACUACAGCCUGAAGUACGGUGCUGAUGGCGCCCGCAAGCCCCUGUUUAAGCCUGAGGAGACCACCACCCCCUCCAUCACCCCUCCUAAGUCCUCUACCGCUAAUAAGCUCCGACCACCUCCUCCUCCUGCUCCAACUCAAGGAAAUCGAGGGGUAACGAAAAGCAACCAGGAGUCAACGCAGACGUACUGUGUGGAGGACACGCCCAUCUGCUUCUCCAGGGGCAGCUCACUGUCCUCAUUGUCAUCGGAGGAGGACGAGGAUGGUGACAUGAUGGGCAGAAAGAGUCGGGGAGGGAGUGUCAUCAGUGGCGUCGGUGCCAACAAUUAUUCAACUCUCACUGACGGUGACAAAGAUGUUCACGAGCAGCAGCAGCAGCGGCAGCAAAAGGAGGCCGAGAGCCAGACCGCCGCCGCUCCGUCUUCACGUGGGCGACGAAGUCAUCACCAUCACCACGGCCACGCCCACCACCAUCACCACCACCACCAUGUAGCAUCAUCCUCUGGGGCCAGGACUCCCAAAAGUCCACCGGAGCAACCGUACGCUCAGGAGACGCCGUUAAUGUUCAGCCGAUGCACAUCCGUCAGCUCAUUGGACAGUUUCUCUACGUCUUCCAUUGCCAGCUCCGUGCGAUCCAGUGAGCCGUGCAGUGGCGUGCCGAGUGGUGUGGUCAGCCCCAGCGAUCUGCCCGAUAGCCCGGGGCAGACGAUGCCGCCAAGUCGCGCCAAGACUCCACCGCCACCGCUGCAGGUGCAGCAAACGAAGGAAGAAGAUGCAGCGAAGAAGGAUGAGGAGGAGAGCAGUGCUGACAUCCUGCUCCACUUUGCAACGGAGAGCACGCCACACGGCUUCUCCAGAGCGUCCAGUCUAAGUGCAAUAACAAUGGAUGAGCCGUACAUUGUCACAGAGCUGAAGUCAAAGGAGGAGGAGGACAAGAGCAAGGAGAGCGAAAAGAAAGAGGAGGAGUCUGUGGAACCAAUCCUCGACGAAUCAGAUGACGACGAUGACAUUGAGAUCCUGGAGGCCUGCAUCAAUAUGGCCAUGCCCAAGGCCUCACGAAAACCAAAGAAACAACAACAAGCAGCUCCUCGCAAACCCAGCCAGCUUCCGGUCUACAAGCUCCUCCCACCCCAAACCCGCACCCAACCACCACAAAGAAAGGACAUUCCACCUCUUUCUCAAGAGGACGUGCCGAGAGUUUACUGCGUGGAAGGAACACCUCUGAACUUCUCCACGGCCACCUCCCUCAGUGACCUCACCAUUGACUCUCCACCAAAUGAGGAGGUGACAGAAGCCGUCAUAGCUGUGGUGUCCCCCGCAGCGCCUCAAAGACGACGCACCGGAGUCCCCGAGGGCGAGAACGGUGACGACAUCCUGGCCGAGUGCAUAAGUGCUGCGAUGCCCAAAGCCAAACCCAAAAAACAAAUCAGGGUGGCAACAAGUAAUGAACACCUCCAGACCCCACCUGUUCCUCCUCCUCUUCCUCCUUCAGCCCUGUCUCCUCUCGGACCUCAACAGCAGCAGAAGAAGAAGCCAACGUCGCCUGUUAAGCCAAUGCCUCAGAGGUCAGUUUACAGCGUCACCUCGGCAACAACGACAACAGCAACUAAACCAAAACCAGGGUUUGCCUUUGAUUCGCCGAGACACUACACCCCCAUCGAAGGGACGCCGUGCUGCUUCUCACGAAACGAUUCUUUGAGUUCCCUCGACUUUGACGAAGACGACUGUGGCGGUGGUGGCGGCGGUGAAAAGGAGGGAGAGGAAAGAAAAACAAAAGAAGAAGAAGGCAGGAAACGGAUGCAGCAAACGGCCGCUGUCUUCCCUCGUACCAAACCUGCCACCAAUCAAAUCGCGACAGACGAAAAGCAGAAGUUUGCCAUCGAGGACACGCCCGUCUGCUUCUCCAGGAACUCGUCUUUGAGCUCACUGAGUGACAUCGAUCAGGAGAACAACAACAAGGAGUUUGCUCCGCCCAUUCCUGAGCAACAGGAAGGAGGGAAAACCGGAAGCAAGUCUCCUCCUCCCGCACAGAACGUGGAGUCGAAGCCUCGUCCUCCGGCCGCCACCGGCUACGCUCCCAAAGCGUUUCAUGUGGAGGACACGCCUGUGUGCUUCUCCAGGAACUCGUCGCUGAGCUCCCUCAGCAUCGACUCGGAGGACGACCUGCUGCAGGAGUGCAUCAGCUCCGCCAUGCCCAAGAAGAAGAAAAAAGCUGCUGCUACAGUACCUUCCAGCCUGCCCGCCACUCUCAACACAGCAGUCCCUGUUCCUAAAGCUGAGGAAAGCAUUCAUGCUGAAGAGGAACCUUCAGUUGCUCCCAGAAGCCCCACCUCCCCCGACUCCGAGUCAUUUGAUUGGAAAGCAAUCCAGGAAGGAGCAAACUCCAUCGUCAGCAGCCUAAAUGCCGCCGCCGCCGCUUCCUCCCUCUCUCGUCAACCGUCUUCAGACUCGGACUCGGUUCUUUCGCUCAAGUCCGUGGGCUCACCCUUCCAUCUUCCGAUUGCCAAAAACAAUGCUGAAGAAGAGGCGGACGAAAAGGAGGUGAAACGCGGUGCCAGGAUCAUCAAGGCAGGUGAGCGCAGCACGCUGGAGACGAAGAAGAAAGAGGAGGAGGAAGAGGAAGAGGCAAAGGCGUUGAGGGGAAACAAGAAGGUUUACAGAAGUCUAAUAACUGGAAAGCCAAGGACGGAGCCUGCAGCCAGGGGGCGGAGUAAACCCAGAACAGCCCUUGCUGCCAAAGCUCCCGGCUGCAGUGAAGACAGAGGUGGUGGAUCGUCUCGGGACUCCACACCAUCCCGCUCAUCCUCAGCCACCGGUCAAAAAGGAGGGAAGUUGUCGCAGCUGCCUCGCACAGCUUCUCCAGGAAGUGCAUCAUCUUCGUCAUCGGCUUCCAGACAACCCAAACAGAGCCCAGCACUGAGGAGUACCAGCGGUGGUCCUGGCAUCCCGAGGAGCGAGUCGGCAUCGAGGGUUGGUUCUGCGGCCAAGAAGCAGAAGGCAGAGCCUGAAAAGCCCACGCUUGUCCGACAGUCUACGUUUAUUAAAGAGGCACCGAGUCCAACGCUUAAGAGGAAACUCGAAGAGUCUGCCGCCGCCGCCGCUGCCGCGUCAGUGGCAUCAGAAUCACCGACAAGUCCCGACACACAACUUCCAACAGCAACCAGAAGACCGGACGUCAACCGCUCGCAGUCGGAGAGCCCCUCUCGUCCUCAGGAAGUGGCAUCGUCACGGUUCAACCGAACGGGCACGUGGAAGAGGGAGAACAGUGCAGGAGGCGGAGGGGGCGGAGCCAACGGAAAACACUCUACGUCUUUACCACGCGUGGGGACGUGGAAACGGACCGGGAGCUCGUCGUCAGUGUUGUCGGCGUCGUCUGAGUCCAGCGACAAGGGCAGGAGUGAGGAGGAGCUGGCUGUCAGGGGCAAAGGGACUUGGAGGAAAACGAAGAGUAACGCAGACUUCUCGUCAGGACGCAACUUCACCGACAAAACUGAAGAUGUGUGGGUUCGGAUAGAGGACUGUCCUGUCAACAACCCACGAUCCUCCUCUUCCUGUUCGGCCCGCACUCCUACUGCUGCCGGUGUUCCGCCUGUCAUCGAUGGCCCCGCCCUCUCAAAGAUUUCUUCGUCGUCAUCAUCCUCUUCCUCCUCAAACCUUAACCUGCGUCGCAGCUGUGAAAGUCUGGACGACAAGGCACCAGCACAUGAGCGUCAGCAGCCACAGCUCGCGCCACCUCAGCAGCAGCAGCAGCAGCAGCAGCGUGGUCAGCAGCGUAGUGGUGCAGUAGCAGCACGAGUCAGCCCUUUUAACUACACCCCCAGCCCCAGGAAGAGCAGCGCUGAUCAUACCAACACCACUACGGCAACUACUACGGCAAACAGCAGCUCGUCCACAUCCACCACCCCGACGCGGCCUUCACUCAUUCCCACCCCCGUCACCAAAAAACGGGAGCCUAAGGGCGGAGAGGGUGGUGCGGGAGCCGGAAGUGGUGGAGGCAGUGGUGAACGUGGCUCGUACAUUGUAACAUCAGUAUGAAAAAAAAAAAUCCGGACACUAAAAUCACCGCUACAGUGUAAAUAUAGAGAAAAAAUUGUACAGGAAAUGCGUCUGUAUUUAAGUGCUAGCCCUAACCCCCAUCGUCCUCUCAGCGUUGGCUCUGUCCCCUGUCAACCUCGUCUCCCCAGCCAAUGAGAGAAACCUUUAAAAAAAAAAAAAAAAAAAAGAACUUUUUAUGUUUUUAUACCACUAAAACUACGCGUAGCGCUUAGCCCUUUUCAUUCUGUCUGUCUCUCUGCAUGGCCCCGCCCCCUACCGUUAAUGAUGACAGUUAGAAUGGUGACAUAACGCUAACAGUUUGGUUCUGGUAUUUAACGAGUGUCGAAUGUAACGGGGAAAGUCAUAUAAGCAUCGAAAAUGUUUUUAAUCUUCAGAAUUAAAGAUUUUUUUCACUUAACAAACUACUUUUAUUCUAAGAAAAAAAACCUGUUUGUCACUAUAAAGGUCCUGCUCUGUGUUGCCUUGGAAACGAAUAACACUGUAAAACAUAAGUUAUUGCUGUAAAACUGUUGAAGCACAUGAUGAAACAUUUUGCCAAAAAGUUAAGACUUUUGAAUUUCUUUCUUUCAUUUUUUUUUCUUUUUUUUCCAGGAGGAAAAAUAGGCAAAAAGUUUUUGGUUAAAUGUUGAAACAAUAAAAUUCUUAGCAGCA